AGCUGUGGAAUGGCGGACGGUUGGCACGGGCCGCUUAGGUCGUGACGGUGGGGGAAGGGAGGAAGGCGCAGAGAAGGCAGCUGCGGGCGGAACACUGCCUGAAGCUGGUCCAUCAUGCCAUUAGUAACAAGAAACAUCGAGCCAAGGCACCUGUGCCGUCAGACACUGCCUAAUGUUCGGAAUGAACUGGAGUGUGUGACCAACAUCACCCUGGCAAAUGUCAUUCGACAGCUGGGCAGCUUGAGUAAAUUUGCUGAGGACAUAUUUGGUGAGCUUUUCACUCAGGCUAACACCUUUGCCUUUCGUGUGAGCUCUCUAGUCGAGAGAGUAGACCGCCUACAAGUCAAAGUCACUCAGCUGGAUCCCAAGGAGGAGGAAGUGUCCCUGCAAGGUAUUAACACAAGGAAAGCCUUCAAAAGCUCCACAACUCAGGACCAAAAGCUCUUUGACAGAGACUCUCUCCCAGUGCCUGUCCUUGAAACAUACAGCGUUUGCAACACACCACCACCUCUUAGCAUUCUCUCCUCUUACAGGGAUGAUGGCAAAGAAGCACUUAAAUUCUACACAGAUCCAUCUUAUUUCUUUGAUCUCUGGAAGGAGAAAAUGCUGCAGGACACCAAGGACAUCAUGAAAGAAAAGCGGAAGCAUCGGAAAGAAAAGAAGGAUAAUCCAAACCGAGGAAAUGUGAAUCCACGGAAAAUCAAAACCCGGAAGGAAGAGUGGGAGAAAAUGAAAAUGGGACAAGAGUUUGUAGAGUCAAGGGAAAAAUUUGGACCACCUGGGUACCCCUCUAAUAUGGUAUACCAGAAUGGCAGCAUCGGCUCUAACGAAAGCGUAGAUGCAAGCUACUAUCUGCCUCCUCCACAGCCAGAUUCAGUUUCUCCAUCUCCUCCUUCAUUUGCUGAGGACAGCCUUCCUCCACCACCAAUGGAAUUUAGCAAUUACCCAGCACACAACCAAAGUAGUUCUGGAGGGCUGAAGAAAUCUGGCCUAGUCAGCCCCAGCCACCCUCCACCAGCUCCACCCAUUGGUUCACCACAAGGAGCCCGGCCGGGUUUUGCACCACCUCCUGCACCUCCACCUCCGCCACCGAUGAUGGGGGUUCCUCCACCACCACCACCACUUUCAGGCUUCCCAACUGUGGGGAUCCCACCACCUCCAUCGCCCCCUGCCUUUCCCCCUCACCCUGAUUUUGCUGCCCCUCCACCCCCACCGCCACCAGCAGCAGAGUAUACUCUUGUGCCCCCACCCAUGUUACCCCAGCAAGCCAGUGGUGCGCCACCCCCUCCUCCACCCCCACCCCCUCCUGGGCCUCCUCCUUUGUCCUUUGGUGGCACGGAUGGCCCAGAGGCUCUUCCACAGCUGGACUCGGUGCCCUCCAAGCCAAAGUCCUCAUUGCCUGCUGUUAGUGAGGCUAGAAGCGACUUGCUUUCUGCUAUUCGUCAAGGAUUUCAGCUUCGCAAAGUAGAAGAGCAGCGUGAGCAAGAGAAGCGAGAUAUUGUGGGCAACGACGUAGCCACCAUCCUUUCCCGCCGCAUUGCAGUGGAGUACAGCGACUCGGAAGAUGAUUCUUCAGAGUUUGACGAAGAUGAGUGGUCUGAUUAACCACCCACCCACUGGAUCCUCGUUUUAAAAACAAGAAGAAACAACCACCCUCACCCAGAUUGCCAAAACUAUCCUUGCUUUUCUCUCUCCUUCAGUAACCAAAGAUUGCUAUUCCAAGGGCUUCCAGUUAACCGGCUGCCUUCUUUCAUUGCCAGGACUGCAAUGUACCUUCUUUCCAGUUAAAGAGGGAAACAGAACUUAACACCAAAGCUCCAGAUUCUCAGGGCUCUAGAACAUAAUCUAUUUAAAUAUUUUGGGGUGCAAACUUGAAAAUCGUAGUCCCCAAGGUAGUUGAGAAGCGUUCUUUCACAUGACCGCCCAUUUGAAGGGCACUAAAUUUACAGGUAGCAUUUUUCCUUUGCAGCACCCUGUCAGGCGUUAGAAAGGGAACUCAACAGCCAUUGGGUGAGUGGAUUAUUUAACCACUCAAACUGGGAAAUGCUGCAAGUAGACGGGCUUGAUUUUCUGUUUUCUCUCCAUUAACAAUCUCUUAAAGGCUACAUUCAGAAGUUUAAAAUGGAUGCUUGAGGGUUGUGUUCUGUACAGGAUAGUUGGGACUUCUAAAGAAGCUGAAUCCUCCUUCGUUGUUUGAUGUAGUCCCCCAACACUAUCUAAAGAGGAAGGAUUAACCAAAGUGCACAGGAUCCUACCAGCUUUUCCCGUUGUUGUUGCCCAGUUCUCCUCCUCACUAUAGCCUCCUCCCAUCCCAUGCAGAGAGCCAGUAUGGUGUAGUGGUUAAGAGCGCGGACUCUAAUCUGGGAGAACCGGGUUU